AUGGAUUACGCAUUAUUGGUGGCCACAAGUUGGAUCAGCUUCUCCAGCCUGGCGGCCUCUGUUGGGCUGCGGUUGCAGGUGACGUCACUUUCCUUGCCGGCAUAUGCCACUCUCUCGGCGUGCCGCUCCUCGUUGACGAGGCCUUCGGAGCGCAUCUCCGCUUCCACAGUGCGCUUCCGCUCUGCACCCUUGACAGCGGAGCGGAUCUCGGGUACGAGAUGGGUGUUCCGGUUUUCCGGAGACUUCGAAGCUGACACAUCCCCGGUGACUUUUCCCAAGGGCCUGUCCGCGCUGACCCAGGCCGGCAUGCUGCACCUGAAGGGCGACCGGGUGGCGGCCGCCCGGGUGGACCGGUCGCUGCAAACCUCCUGCAAACGCUGCAGUCGUUCAGCCCCAGCUACCUGCUGCUCAGAUCGAAACGGAGUGUUUGGAGCAACUAGAGAUGCGGGCGAAAAGCUGGAAAGACCCACUCCCGGCUCUUGCCGACACGGAGCGGACCGGGAGGGCUGCGGAGCGGAGGGGCUGCCCGGGCAUCCCGCUGCGGAGCUUGCCAACACGGAGCGGAGGGCUGCGGAGCGAUACGGAUGCGAUUACGUCACGUGA